GUGAAAGGUCAUGCGCAACGAGACUUCCAGUCACUGAGUAGUAGUUCCAGAUUUUCUGGUUUGGCAUGUCUGAAACUUGUCUGAUGACUCAAUGCAAGGCUCCAGGUCGUCGCCGUCAAUGAAGACAAUGGCUUCAGCUGUAUUGUUCAUUUCUCAACAUUUCUCACAUACAAUGGUACAUGGCGUGUGUAACGCGACUACUGACGCCAGGCAAAGACAACUUCCACCGGAGUAUAAAACAGCCUUCAUCUGCGCUUCUACAAGUCAUUUAUCUCCACCGCUGACUCUGAGACGAGCUAGCAGGCAGUUUGUGACGAUGCCGCCAAACGUCGACUCUAACAAGCCGCGCCGGGUUCGGUUCAUCACGAUACAACAGGGCUUGGAGACGCUGGACCUGAACGACAGUUUCGGCAGCAACGCCAAACCGGUACCCAUCUUCAUCCAGCACCGCCCGAGCAGUGUCGGACACGACAGAAACAACAGGCAGAGGAAAAGGAAGAGAUCUCUAGAAGAUGAGUUCGACAGGGAAGCAGCGUCUGAGACAGAAGGACACAAGUCAGACGACAUAACAGACCUUCCAGAAGCGCUGCAUUGUCUGAAGAGACUAAAGAAAUUCUUUGUAAGGGAGGGGCACACGGAAGUCUUGGAUAACAUCUUGAACACUGAGAACGCCUUGGAGGAGAAGUGGUGCCAGGAGAGACUUAUGCGGUCAAGUUCUAAGACGGUAAAACAGACGACAGUUACGGACUUCUUCAGGAAGAGGUGACAGUGCCAGGCUGAGAAAACUGAUUACUAAAAUGUAACGAUUGUGACUUCGUUUGUAUGUUUCAUGCCACAAAGUGUCAGAAACCACGAUCGUAAGUUCUUUCUGUCAAACUAUGCUCAACAUUGAUACCGUGUAAAAUGUAUCAAAGAUAGCCAGUGGAAGCGACGGAUUGUUUUGAAUAUGGAGGAAAUU